AUGCAGAACAGCGAUUUGCGCAAGAAGAGUGCAGCGGAAAUUGAUUUCUUUACUGAAUAUGGCGAUACUAAUCGAUACAAAGUUCUGGAGGUCAUAGGCAAAGGUAGUUAUGGACUUGUAUGUUCUGCAAAUGAUACACAAACAGGAGAGAAGGUUGCAAUAAAGAAGAUACACAACAUUUUUGAGCAUAUAUCGGAUGCUGCACGCAUACUCCGUGAAAUCAAGCUUCUCAGGCUUCUUAGGCACCCUGAUGUAGUGGAAAUAAAGCAUAUCUUGCUCCCCCCAUCCAAAAAGGAUUUCAAAGAUAUAUAUGUUGUUUUCGAACUUAUGGAGUCAGAUCUUCAUCAAGUAAUAAAGGCUAAUGAUGAUUUGACGAGGGAGCAUUAUCAGUUUUUCUUGUAUCAGAUGCUUCGAGCUUUGAAAUAUAUGCACACAGCAAAUGUCUAUCACCGAGAUUUGAAGCCCAAGAAUGUGCUUGCCAAUGCAAAUUGCAAACUCAAAAUUUGUGACUUUGGUUUGGCGAGAGUUGCAUUCAAUGAUGCACCUACGACAGUCUUCUGGACAGAUUAUGUGGCAACGAGAUGGUAUAGAGCACCUGAACUUUGUGGGUCCUUCUAUUCCAAGUAUACACCAGCUAUUGAUAUAUGGAGUAUAGGGUGCAUUUUUGCCGAGGUGUUGAUUGGAAAGCCUCUAUUUCCUGGUAAAAAUGUUGUUCACCAGCUGGAUUUGAUAACUGAUGUUCUGGGGACACCUUCAUUAGAUGCUAUUUCUCAGGUGCGGAAUGACAAGGCAAGAAAAUAUCUGACAUGCAUGCGGAAGAAACAGCCUGCUUCCUUUUCGCAGAAAUUUCCGAAGGCUGACCCAUUAGCAUUACGAUUGCUUAGGAGGCUUCUAGCUUUUGAUCCAAAGGAUCGUCCCUCUGCUGAAGAGGCAUUGGCAGAUCCAUACUUUAAUGGACUAGCAAAGGUAGAGCGAGAACCAUCUUGUCAACCGAUACCAAAAAUUGAAUUCGAAUUUGAGGGUCGUAGAGUAACAAAGGAGGACAUCAAGGAACUGAUCUUUGAAGAAAUUUUGGAGUAUCAUCCUCAAUUACUGAAGGAGCAUAUCAGUGGAACAGACAGACGAAACUUUGUUCAUUUAAGUGCUGUUGACCAAUUUAAGAAACGCUUCGCUGAACUCGAGGAAAAUGGUGGCGAAAAUGGAUCAGCUGUUUCGUCACAGAGGAAACAUUCUUCUUUGCCAAGGCAAUCCUUCAACCCUCGUUAG